AUGAAGUUCUGUGCUAACUUGGGUUUUAUGUUUACUGAAGCAUCUUCUAUAUUAGAAAGGUAUUCUUUAGCAAAAGAUGCAGGUUUCAAAGCUGUUGAAAGUGGAUUCCCAUUAGGAUUCACAUUAGAACAAGUGAGAGAUGCCAAAGAAAAGGCCGGUAUCGAACAUGUUUUGAUUAACUUGAAAACAGGUGAUGUAACCAAAGGAGAGCUAGGAGUAACUGCAGUGCCAGGAAAAGAGAAUGAAUUCAAAGAGAACUUUGAAACUACUUUAAACUAUGCUAAGGCUUUAAAUGCUAAGAAAAUACACAUUAUGGCAGGAAAACUAGAUAAUCCCACAUCUCAAAAUUGGGACACAUACGAGGCAAAUUUGAAAUAUGCAGCAGAUGUGCUUAAGACUGAGAAUAUACUUGGUGUAAUUGAGCCCAUAAAUCAGUACUCAGUCCCUAAUUAUUUUUUAAGUGAUUUUCACAAAGCUUUGGACAUAAUAAAACGAAUCAACAGUCCCAACCUAAAACUGAUGUUGGACAUAUUCCAUUUACAGCAACUAAUGGGUGACAUAUCGCACAGCAUUACAAAGUUCAUGCCCUAUGUAGGCCAUGUACAGAUAGCCCAAGUACCCCACCGCAAUGAGCCAGAUACCCCUGGAGAAAUUAAUUAUCAGUUUGUGCUUGAACAGCUCAUCAGCAAUGGCUAUCAAGAUUGGAUUGGACUCGAAUACAAGCCUUUGAAGAACUCUAAAGAAGGUCUGGUGUGGAUAAAAAAAUAUGGUUAUACUCUAUAA